AUGCAAGGAGGUUACAUGACCAAAGACCACCGAUUAAAAGUGGCCCAACAAAUCCGUCAAACUCAUUUCAAGCUGGGUGGAGGAACCCUUGAGUACCAGACAACUGCAGGCACCAGUUUCAAAUUCAAGCCAGAAUCCAUGAGUGUUGCAGAUCAAGAACAUAUAAAAAAUAUCAGGAAGUCCCACUUCAAGAUUGGCCCUGAAAAAUCUAGCACCGCUCCCUUAUCUGAAGCAAUGGCUCAAUACAAGCCACAUCAAGCUCAAGAAAUGGCCCAUCAAGCUGAGGUAAAAACUGACCUAAGACGUCACCAUUUUACCCUUGGCAUGCAGACUCCCUCAUAUGCAACUACUUCAUCAGCCGCUUUUUUUGAAAAGCCACCUAUAGAGUUCAAUGGCGUCAAAGGCUCUGACAGAGAAAAAUACUUACGCAGACACAAUUUCAAAUUUGGGGAUGACCCUGACACAGUGAAAUCUGUUUUUAAGGCUGACUAUGGAGUAAAACCACUGCAAGGAGGAAGCGAUACUAAUUUAUUAAGGCUAAAAGAAGACUUAAGAACUUCGCAUUUCCAGAUAGGAAAUGCAGCUGUGAACUAUAUGAGCACGACACAGAGAGAAUUCGGAGCGAAAAAUGGAGAGAAAUCACAGCUGAAUGCAGGGCUGCUCAAGGAUUUGAGAAGGGAGCACUUUACUUUGGGGAGCGAUAAAGUGUUGAUGCAUUCAACAAGUCAUGCGAAUUUCAAUGAGAAAUCUGAUGGAAAGCAAAGCUUAAAUGUAGAGAAACUGCAAGAUUUAAGGUCUUCGCAUUUCAAUCUAGGCGGUGACAAGCCUUCUUAUGCUACGAAUUCAUUCGCUUCCUUCAAGCCAGCUAGUGCGAAUUUGGAGAAGCCAAUGCAUACUUCAGUUUCCUUAAGAAAGUCCCAUUUUCAGCUUGGUGAGGAUCAGCCUCAAUACGGGACUUCUUAUAACCUAACUCAUUCUGGAGCGCAGCUUCCAAGCACAGGAAAAGUCCGUGAUCACUCAGCAGACUGGUCUUCCCACAUAGCUUUAGGAUCUGAAGCCCAUUAUCCUUUAACCACUUCUCAAGCUUCGUACAGGCCAAAUACCGAAGGAACUGGAUCACUUGACCCAAAACUCACGAAAGAGCUGCGAUCUCACCAUUUCAAGCUGGGGGCUGAAGGAAAUCAUUAUAAAACAACCUCAGGAGAUUAUGGGACUGGAAAAGGGGAAAAAAGCCAAAUUGAUAAAGCACUAUUGGGAGACUUGAGAACGCAUCAUUUUAAUUAUGGGUCUGAUCCUCCUCACUUUGUGUCGUCAAAUAUGAAAGACUUUAAACCUACUAACGGAGACCACCCGAAGCCAGAUCCAGUUUUAAUGAAAAAUCUGAGAAAGCACCACUUUAAGAUGGGGCAAGAUCCUGACCCUGGCACGACUGAACAGAGAGACCGGUAUAGAUGGGUGCAGCCAGUGCCAGAUAAUGAUUAUCAUUAUUCAAUAGAAAAUAUAAGCUAA